CCAUGUUAUUUUCCCAUAGGGGAAAUUUAGACACGUAACUCCAUAGACUACAAAGUGACGACACGUCCUCAGAGGUCUAUCCACCUCCAGUAGACCCAGGAAGGGUUAAGGCUGUUUAGAUUUUUACCGCAUAGCGACAUUUCUAUUUUUUUUUGAGCUGGCCACGUGUACAGAACUAGCAGGAGAAUUUAAACCUGACAUUUGUUGUGUCUGUAGAUAAUGAGCUCGAGACAUGCAAGUUGGCUAGCUUGUGUACAAUAAGUGAGCUAUCGAUACUUAAAUGACAUUUUCUUCCUCGGUUGUUGGUUGACCAGAUUAGGUCAAUCACCUAUAGCGUUGUAAAUCCGUCACCGCCAACACAGAAACUCCUGCAGCUAUGAGGGGUGGGAAGGCCCAGUGUGGGGUGUGGACAGGCUUCUGUACUCUGCUUUGCGUGCUGCUCAUCCUUGAUGUCCACGGCCGUCCAGCCAACAUCUCAGUACUCAAAGAUAAAACACUUAACAGCAAAGAGGAGAACGAGAUUCUUCCACCAGACCAUCUUAAUGGAGUGAAGAUGGAAAUGGAUGGCCACCUCAACAGAGAUUUCAACAAGGAAGUGUUCCUUGGCAAGGAGAUUGAAGAGUUUGAGGAGGACUCUGAGCCCCGCAGAAACAGGAAGAAGCUGAUGGACAUUUUCCAAAAGGUGGAUCUGAACCAUGACAACAGUGUGAGUGCUAAGGAAAUGCAGCGUUGGAUCAUGGAGAAGACGGAGGAACAUUUCCAGGAGGCUGUGAGGGAGAACAAGCUCAGCUUUCGUGCGGUUGACCCUGAUGGAGAUGGGCUUGUGACGUGGGAUGAGUACCGUGUGAAGUUUUUGGCCAGCAAAGGCUUCAAUGAAAGAGAAGUGGCAGAGAAAAUCAAAAAUAACGAAGAGCUCAAGGUGGAUGAGGAGACUCAGGAGGUUUUGGAGAGUCUGAAAGACCGCUGGUUCCAGGCAGAUAAUCCCCCAGCUGACCAGCUUCUUAAUGAGGAGGAGUUUCUGUCAUUCUUGCACCCUGAGCACAGUCGUGGGAUGCUCAAGUACAUGGUGAAGGAGAUUGUUCGUGACCUAGAUCAGGAUGGUGACAAAAAGCUCACUCUGCCGGAGUUCAUCUCUCUGCCCAUGGGGACGGUAGAAAACCAGCAAGCUCAGGACAUUGAUGAUGACUGGGUCCGUGAGAGGAGGAAAGAGUUUCAGACCGUCAUUGACACCAACCAGGAUGGCAUUGUGACUAUGGAGGAGUUGGAGGAGUACAUGGAUCCCAUGAAUGAGUACAACGCUCUGAAUGAGGCCAAACAGAUGAUCGCUGUAGCUGAUGAAAAUCAGAACCACAAUCUUGAGUUAGAAGAGAUCCUCAAGUACAGCGAGUACUUCACUGGAAGCAAGCUCAUGGACUAUGCCCGCAAUGUCCACGAAGAGUUCUAAAGACAAGGAGUUCUAAUCUGUUCCGUGUUCUGCUCAUAUUUGUCUGCCUAUCCAUCUGGAUACGAUGGACAAAUCCAGUGGCAUUCUCUUUAUAUAGGUGUGAUAAAAAUGAUCAAUGGAAUGAUUGAGUAUGUUUAUUUGCAUUUAUUCAUUUCGCAAACACUUGCACAUAAAGCAACUUACAGUACAGUACUGCUCUACAUUUCCAUCAGUAUGUGCACUCCAUAGGUAAUGAAUCCAUGACCUUGGGGUUGUCAGCACCUUGUGCUAUUCUUUUUGCAAAUCGUUGUGUUUGUACAGUUAUGUAUACACUACCAUUCAAAAGUUUGAAAUUUUGUAGAUAUUUCCUUGUUUUUUUUAAAGAAAAACACCUUUUUUUCAAAUUCGAAUUCACAAUUCAAAUAACCUAAUAUUGUCCUGAAAUAUAGUUUAGACAUUGAUAAUGUUGUAUAUGACUAGAAUGGAAUAUCUACAUAGGGGUAAGCUCGACAUAUGUAUAAGGAAGGUGAGGUGUUUGGAUCACAGAGUUGUGAGGCGCAGAAAAGAUGCUGGAGGAGUGCUUGACCCUUAAACUAAUGAGCUAACUACAUUAAAGGCAUGCAGAACCUUAAAUUAAUGAGCUAACUACAUUAAAGGCAUGCAGAUUCUUGCAAACAGCAACAACCGCACAGCUGGCACUGACAAAAGCUUGCCAUCAUGCUAAACCGGUGUCUUUCGGCAAUAUAGUUCAUGUCAUGCUCUGAAAACUUUUCUAAAUUUUCACGGAGUGGUCUGACCCGGAACACAGAACUACAUAGUGCUUAGCCUGGGUGGGUAGUGGGAACGAUGUGUGUUAAUCUGUCCUUCAUAUGACCAUAUACCAUCAAAAAUCAUUUGAAGAUGAUACCAAAACUAGUUGUCUAUAAAAACAGACAACUGUUGAACACUGUUACUUUAAUGCAGCAAAGUUUGUAAUUGUGGCAAAUGAAGGAUUCUUUGAUAAAAGCAAAUUUUACAGCAACAAAAUGGUUAUUUCUUCUGUUAUUGCUCUGCUUAUUUUGUUAAGCAGAAAUCAUUCUGUCUUGACUGAUUCCAAACUUUUGAACAGUAGUGUAUACAACUGUACAAUUGUGUACAAACUGCAAACGCAACAAACAACUUGCAUUCCUCUUGUAUGCAUGGCUUUUCUGCAUACUCCAUUACUUCUGUUCAGUCUGGCUGUGAAGGCAGGUGUUUAGAUGUGGGGGUAAGAUUACAACCAGGUAUGUUAGUCCAUUUACAUGUAUAUUUGGCUUUUCCUUAUUACCUUUUGUAAGCUAAAACAUUUUUAAGGUAUAAAUUGUGGAAUUGUAAGUUUAAGUUAAAUUCUGGGUUGCAUGUUCCCUUCAACUAAUGAAACCUAUUUGCAAAAUCGUGGCUGAAAUAAAUUCUUUUGAAAUCUUAAGAGGUGUAUAAACAGGGCAACAGCCUUGCUCAACAGACAUUCUGAAAUCAGUUGUGGUGUUGUAUUGACUCCUAAACAUGAUCAAGUCCAUUCUUAAUGGCCUCCUGGUUAUGUAUGGACAUUCCUUUGCUGCAUCUAUGUUGAGUCAAAAACAGUUGUUUCUGUAGACGUAUGCAGGUUGUGAGCUCAAAGGAACACCUCUUUUCCUUUCAUCAAGGACAUUUAAAAUAACAUUCUCAAGCUAGAAAUUAUCUUAACAAGCACUGCUAAAACAGAGACCCCUAACUGUUUAUAAAAAUUACACCUUGUAUAGUGCCAUUCACAAUUGACAUUGUCUCAGGGUGCUUUACGUAUAGCCUAAGGCUUGAUCCUCUUGGAGCAAGCAUGUAGGCGACAGUGGCUAGGAAAAACUCCCUUUUAACAAGAAGAAACCUUGAGCAGAACCCAGCACAAGGGGGGACCUAUCUGCCUAAAGCUGGUCCAGUAAAGAAGUGCAAUUGCAUUUUUUUCCCCAUCUACUGAAAAAAAUGUACCUUUGCUUUUUAAAAUAUGUUUGCAUGAGAAAAUAAAGUGACUCUUAUUAAACUAA